AAUGUUAAAAUUCCAAAUAAAUUCUUCUUCUUCCUCCUCCCUUUCAAAACAACCACCAACAACAAAAACAACAACUUUAAUUUCAAGUAAUUCCCCUUCACUUUCUUCAAUUCCUUCUGCCUGUUCCUCUUCCUCUAAUUUUUCGAAUUCUUCAAAUUUUAAGAGAAAUAGUCGUUAUUUCUCUUCAUUUUCGUUUGAUGAAGAGGAAGAUAAAAAAGAGGAAUUCCGUCAUCAUUUAAGAAUUUAUACAAAUAAAGUUAGACCAGACACAGAUUACAAAACUCUUUAUAUUUCACAAAAUACAACUACAAAUGAAAUUAUUCGCCUUCUUGUUUGGGAGAAAUUACGUUUACAAUUGAGAGAUUUAAAUCUCUUUUAUUUAUUAAUGGAAAUACGGACAUCAACACGCAAUUCUGUUGGUUUGGUGGAAAUAAGGCGAAAUAUUAUCCAACUUGAUGGAAAUUCAAAUCCAUUAGAACUCCAAAAAUGUCAACCUGAAGGAAUGUCUAGGUUCAUUCUCGGCAUGGAGAAUAAUGCUAUACUUGUACGCAUACAUGAUGGGGAAAUAUGCCCUCAGGCAAAAUUUUUGACUAAAAAAUUUUGCAAAAUGUUUUCAUAA